AUGUCACCCGCGGUUAGAAAAUAUCACUUAUUCCCCACUGACCACAUCCCCAAUUCCCCUCGCCCUCUUCUCCACUACAAGAAUGUCUUGAAUAUCAAGCCUGGCAAGACGCAUUGUGACCCUGGCGAGGUAUGGGACAUGUUUACCAAAAAUCAAUGGAGAGUUGCUUGGAUCUUUCGAUAUGGGCAGACUCAGCUAUCUCAUUUUCACUCCGAUGCUCAUGAGUGCAUGGCAGUCCUAUCUGGGACGGCGACGAUCCGUUUCGGUGUGGCCGACCUGUCAGAUGACCUUGAGCAAAACACAUAUGGUUCGGCUUGGGAGCAUGGCGGUGUCACACUGGAAGCAGAAGCAGGUGAUGUUUUUAUCAUACCUGCUGGAGUUGCUCACAAGACCCAUAAGUGCAAGCCCGAGGCCGACUUCAAGCUCUUGUCUCCCGGGAACGCUCAUGGAAUAGUGGCUGACGACCCCAAGGAAGCGCUCUCGAAGCUCAACCUGAACGGGUAUACUAUGAUGGGUGCUUAUAGCGGAGGUGAUUGGGACUUUGUCCAGAGGGGAGGCGUCUUUGAGAAGUCUUGGGCUGUUCCCAAGCCAAAGUAUGAUCCCGUUUUUGGUCCUUCAGAAGAAGGGUUGGUCAAAACAUGGUCGGGUAAUGGGGGGAGCGUGGAGGGCCUUAGAGUCACCUACGAUGAGAAAGGCAAUGCUGUUCACACUACUCUUCCCCACUCCAUAUCUCCCAAAGCCCGUUUAUGA